UAAAAAGAUAAAAGUCUAUUUAGUGUUUCGGCGUUUCAGCGACAGAGGCCGAGUGUGGACUGUGGAAGAAAGCAAAAAUGGUGGGAGCCUUGUAUGGAGAAUCAAAACUCUUCUCAUCCUUUCUGGGAGUUGGUGCUAACCAUUUCCUUCACUCUCGGCUGCGUGUUCAUCAAGUCUUCGCCUAUAAUCCAGGAGGCAAACAUGUCUCAAUGCAAUUAUCCAGGACACUUUCUGGUUUGGCCAACCUUUUCAAUAGAAGAAAUUUGGACGAGAUGCAAAAUAUGAAUCGUAAACGUCUAAGACCUGGAAAAGUUUCUCCUCCUCGACCUGUUCCAGACAAUAUACCAAGGCCUCCUUAUGUCAAAUCUAGGCGACCACCUGGAAUUGCUAGUGGACCUGAGAUUCAUGAUGAGAAGGGUAUAGAGUGCAUGAGAGCUUCUGGGAGGCUUGCAGCCCAAGUUCUAGAAUAUGCAGGGACAUUAGUAAAGCCAGGUAUUAUGACUGAUGAUAUUGACAAGGCUGUUCACCAAAUGAUAAUUGAUAAUGGAGCCUAUCCAUCACCUCUGGGUUAUGGUGGCUUUCCGAAGAGUGUAUGCACGUCAGUGAAUGAAUGCAUUUGCCAUGGAAUACCAGAUUCCCGAGUUCUUGAGGAUGGUGAUAUUAUCAAUAUAGAUGUUACCGUCUAUUUAAAUGGGUACCAUGGUGAUACUUCAACAACUUUCUUUUGUGGAGAUGUUGAUGAUGAAGCCAGAAAACUUGUCCGGGUGACUAAAGAAUGCUUAGAUAAAGCAAUAUCCAUAUGCGCACCAGGAGUGGAGUUCAAGAAAAUUGGCAAAAUAAUUCAUGACCAUGCAGAUAAGCAUCGAUUUGGUGUAGUUCGACAGUUUGUUGGCCAUGGCGUUGGACGUGUGUUUCAUGCUGAUCCAGUUAUUCUUCACUUCAGGAACAAUGAUGGUGGGCGCAUGGUGUCGAAUCAAACCUUUACAAUUGAGCCAAUGCUAACUAUGGGUAGCAUAAAUCCUGUCAUGUGGGAUGAUAACUGGACUGUCGUAACAGAAGACGGAAGUCUGUCAGCACAAUUUGAACAUACCAUCUUAAUAACCGAUGAUGGAGCUGAGAUAUUAACGCAGUGUUAAACAACAGUGGAUCUCAUGGCAAGACUUUGAUAUUCCAAAUACAAGUAUUUUUCUUAUCCUGAAGCUCAUAUUCAUUUAUCACCGCCAAAUGUAUGUAUCAAAAAACAUGGAAGUUAUUUCUUGAGACAAACAGCUCUUGAAUAAUGUAUUAAAAGUUUUUAGCUUCAAUUUAGUACUUCCUUCUUACAAGGAUUUUCCUGAUCUGGUAUGUAUAAUGAUGAUGGUUCUGUUGGAGAAUUAAAGGAAGCUGAUAUGAGCAUUAGAAUGGAAAAAAA